AUGAUCUACGAAUCGAAAAUCAAAACAGAAACAAACCGUGCACUCUUUCUUCGCAGAUCAUCCGUCGACCUUGACGGUGUCAGGGACUUCACCAUCACCGUGGAUAUCUCCUUCCUCCUCAAGGGCCCGGACUCUAAUGAGUCCCCGACCACAUCACCACCCGACAGAAACCAAACAAGAUCUACAUCCGUUCAAUCGUCAGUCCUACAACCUGAACUACCAACCUACGCUGCUGCGAUACCUGGCGCUGGCGGAAAAAGAAGUAUGGGUACCCAUCCAGCAGAAUCUCCAGCUAAGAAGCAGAGUAAAUGGUCGGCCGAGGAGGAUGCUUUGAUUAUUGAACUCAGAGGCAGUGGGAUGAAGUGGGAGGACAUUUCAAAGAGAUUACCGGGUCGGAGUGCUAUUAGUUGUCGAUUGCAUUAUCAAAACUAUCUGGAACGUAGGAGUGAAUGGGACGAGGAACGCAAGAACAAGCUCGCUAGACUCUACGAAAGGUAUUACUUCUUCCAAUGUUGGGCUCAAGUAAGAAUGUUAUUAACCUCGCUAUCUAGAUUUAAACAAGAGAUGUGGUCAAAAGUAGCCGAGGAGAUGGCAGUACCAUGGCGAGCAGCAGAAGCUAUGCAUUGGCAACUAGGUGAAAAUGACAUGGCAAGACGUGCAGGUGUUGUUCCGUUCUCGCUAUCCAGCGUAACCCUCGAUGCACCAUCGUCCGGUCCACGAGCUUCACCAGCAAGAGGACAUUCCUACAGUCAAUCAACAUCUAGCACCAUGGGCCCAGGAUCUGCAGGCUCGAGAUACAGCAGACCCGGAACAGCACAAGGCAACCCAAAUCUACGAGGGGGCACUCGCACCAUCGCCGCCCGGCGAGAAAGCACUCCUAGAUCCGUACCGCCCAGCAGCCCAUGUGACGGUUUAGCAUUGGCUGCUAUAGGAGGUGGAAUGGGUAUGAUGGGGGCGGGCAGAGGCGGUCAAUAUCUACCAAGCCUGGUCGAAAUGACUACCGGCGUCAGCCCGUAUAGCACACCUGCGUAUGCAAUGUCGAUGCCGGCGCACUCGAGUGGAUAUUCGACUGGCUACCCAAGUCCAGGCCCACUGUUACCCGCGAUUGGCAUGCUGGAUCACCGACCAGAAGUCAAGCGUAGAGGCAGUCCCGAAGCCGGCUCCAGAGACUCGACUAGGAGAAGACAGUGA